AUGUUUCUUCCUAUAGAACUAUCUUGUGCUGUUUACACAGGGUAUGUGAGAGCAGGAAUUCUCCCUGUUCAGCAAGACAGGGCCUACCUGUUGUUUGCUGCUUGGAAACUAAUUUUUGUGUGCCAUCUAGGAGAGUCCAUCAAAACUCAAGAGGAAACAAAUGGGGACGAAGAGGGACCCCAGCUGAAUGCACAACUAGAAGGUUGGCUUUCUCAAGUACAGUCCACAAAGAGACCUGCUAGAGCCAUUAUUGCACCCCAUGCAGGAUAUACCUAUUGUGGAUCUUGUGCAGCCCAUGCUUACAAACAAGUGGAUCCUACUAUUACCCGAAAAAUUUUCAUACUUGGGCCUUCCCAUCACGUGCCCCUUUCCCGAUGUGCACUUUCCAGUGUGGACAUUUAUAGAACACCUCUGUAUGAUCUCCGAAUUGACCAAAAGAUUUAUGGAGAAUUGUGGAAGACUGGAAUGUUUGAGCGUAUGUCCCUACAGACAGAUGAAGAUGAACACAGUAUUGAAAUGCAUUUGCCUUAUACUGCUAAAGCCAUGGAAAGCCAUAAGGAUGAGUUUACUAUUAUUCCUGUGUUGGUUGGAGCACUGAGUGAGUCAAAAGAGCAGGAAUUUGGAAAACUCUUCAGUAAAUACCUAGCUGACCCUAGUAACCUCUUUGUGGUUUCUUCUGACUUUUGCCAUUGGGGUCAGAGGUUCCGUUACAGUUACUAUGAUGAAUCCCAAGGAGAAAUUUAUAGAUCCAUUGAGCACCUAGAUAAAAUGGGUAUGAGCAUUAUAGAGCAGCUAGAUCCUGUAUCUUUUAGCAAUUACUUGAAGAAAUACCAUAAUACCAUAUGUGGAAGACAUCCUAUUGGCGUAUUAUUAAACGCUAUCAACGAGCUCCAGAAGAAUGGAAUGAAUAUGAGUUUUUCAUUUUUGAAUUAUGCUCAGUCAAGCCAGUGUCGAAACUGGCAAGACAGCUCAGUGAGUUAUGCAGCUGGAGCACUUAUGGUCCACUGAACCACUGAAUGCUCAGGGAUGGCACCUGCACACACUCUGUAUACGGCGUCCCAGCCUAGCCCUUACAAAGAUACAGUCCCUGGUCUUUGGGUAUACUGAAACCUCAAACUAAUAGAACUCUCUUCUUUUCUAGUAGGUGUAGUCCUUCCUUAGUUUCAACUCAUUUAAAAAUGCUUUCUUGUUUAGGACAAUGGAAGGAAGGCUGGUAUCGAAACGUUCAUUUUGUGAUUUUUAUUUUUUUUUUUAAUUUUUUAAAGAUAAUGGCUGUGAAGGCAUGGUGGCAGACAGUCCUUACAAAUACAACAUGUAAAGCAUUUACCAUAUCCUAAAUUUGCACUCUUUGCAGACCUGUGCACAUGUACUCAGCUUUCAGAAUAGUUUUGCAAGUUGUAAACUGAAAAAGGGGUGGAAGCUUUUUAAUAAAAGAAAAAAAAGGAAAACCACGCAUUUAUAAAUGAUCCUGUAUUAGAAUAUAAUAAAACUCCAGUAUAGUCAGUUACUACCCGUGAUGUACAACAGAUAUCUUCUAUUUUAGUUGCUAAUAAAGGGCUACACAAACGAAAAUAGUCUGAUUUAAACUUAUUGCUUUGUGUUCUGUAUGUGGCUGCUUGUCAUUAACAUCCUUUAUCCUCAGUUCUUAUGCUUGAUAAUUCAGCCAUUCUGUAAAAUACUUCAGAAUGUAUUUUAUAUUCAACAUUUGUUAUGACUACUUCAUUUACAGAUUCUUUUAUCUUAAACCUGCACUAUGAGUUCAGCUGUGCGAAAG